AUCUCUUUGUAAAUGUAGCCUCGCUUGCUACCACAGUCUGGACUCGAUCCUAGCAUUCGUUUGCCCUGUCAUCGACUCGAACCCUCUGCGCAAGGCUGACAGAAACCCCGUAAUGGAGUUUGAACGUAACUAAUCACUGAUUAUCUGCACGAGCCCACUCUUCAGGCCGACUGACCAACGACACCCCCUUCGCAUACCUUCUUUCACGUCGCCUCUGGUGCGUCUGAGUGACCAUGACCAUCACACCAGUCUCCGUGACGAACCUGAGAGACCACCCGGAUAAUGCCAAUUUACCAACGUCCAACCAGCCUGCCACCAUCAUAGGAACUACUGUUGCUUUCCUAAGCAUUGCAUUCAUCACCCUGAGCCUACGGUUAUGGGUCCGUAUCAAAGACCAUCUUUGGGGCUGGGAUGACUGCUUUGUCGUUCUCGCAGGUAUUGCGAGUUUUUGUGGUGAUGUUCUAGUGUGCAUAAUGCCGGCUGAUGGCCUGGGUCUACACUUGUGGACACUUGAUAGUAAGCAUAUCAUGCUGUAUUUCAAGCAUAUCUAUUCCACUAAUGCGGCAUAUUGUGCUAGUGCAACUCUGAUCAAGCUCGCCAUCCUCUUCCAGUAUUUACGUCUAUUUGCUGAAGCUGCCCCGACAACAGCCACGAACGGAUACCGCCUCGCCAGACGCCUCACCUGGGGGAUGAUUGUCAUCUGCACAAUAUGGGGCUUGACGUUCUUCCUGCUAGCAAUCUUCUCAUGCCGCCCCAUCGCCAAAAAUUGGAAUAUGAAUCUUCCGGGCCGAUGCAUCGGCUGGGGUGCCAAAGAUCCCGCCGAAUUCUUUCCCAUGUUCCUUGGCCAUUCUGUUAGCAAUCUGCUACUUGACGCUAUGGUACUGCUCCUGCCUGUUCCGUUCAUCACUGCAUUGAGGAUCGCAGGUAAGAGCAGAGCGGGACUGAUUGGCCUAUUCAUACUGGGAUCCACUGUUGUGUUAGUGGCAUUGGGCCGCUUGAUCACUCUCGCAGUCAACCGUGCCGGCACUGUACCCGAUCUUGAUAUGUCAUUCCACACGCCGGUCGUGUACAUCUUUGCCGUUCUCGAGGUCAAUUUUGCCAUCAUCACCGCUUCGAUUCCAAUAUUCUGGCCAGUUAUAGCAACGCUGGCAUCCAACAAGAUCUUCGUCGUCAAUGAAGUUGAGAUACGUGUAGAGGAUAUAGCGAGGUAUGAAAGCUUUGACUCCAACGGCGCCAUCAGCUUGCCCGACAGAAAAAGCACACCAAGCGGAGACAGCAAGACUGGCAUGGUGACUACAAUACUGGACCACAUUCCUCGCAGGUCAGGAGAAAAACUUAGCAGCAGCAACCACGCGCAUGACGGCAGCGCCGCUUCGUCCAUCAACCAGCCCAUGGGGACGGGCUUUGUAGGACGCAAGUCCAGCAAUGCUUCGACGAUUGGGAGACCUUUUGCGGAGCUUGGGUCGCGUCCGAGCCAAGAUUCGUCACGCCACCUAUAUCAAAUUUCUUGCAAAGAUCAUACUUCCAAAAACUUUACGAAGAACGACGGCGACGACUGGUUUGCGGAGAUGGACAGGGUCAACCCGCACGGGCCGGUGACGACGACGGUCCAAAAAACGUCUGUGCCUUUUGAGCACAUCAAAGUGUUUGAUAACAAAUAGUAGGUGGGGCGAUGGCGAGAUGAGUAGAUGCAUACGCGUUUUCCGUUGGUUGUUCCUUCACGUGAUACCCUGCAGCGAGAUGCAACAUGUCCUGUUUUUUUUAUCCUUGUUUCUCUUCAUGUACGUAAGUAGUAGCGCAGAUGAGAGAAGCCAAAUUAAUCCGUUUACAAACAAUGGCGCGAG